AAAACGCGCGUACGAAACGAGGAAAAACAAAUCGGACUCUGACAACGACGAUGCAUACUUUCUUCUCAUCGGAAGACCUCUCCGAUAACUCCUUCUGGCCGCCACAGCCGGCGCCGUCAUCUUCGCCGCCGUCUCAUUCUCCUUUUCGGUCGCCGGAUCCUUCUUUGAAGAUGAACCGAAGCGCCUCUGAGUGGGCCUUCGAGAGGUUUCUCGAGGAAGUUUCGGCGUUGCCUGUGAAUAGUUGCCCUUCGACUACUUCCGAUCGCGUGGCUGUUUCUCCUGUUGAUGUGGCAUCUCCUGCUUCUCAGUCUUCAACGUCCAAGCGUGAUGAAGGCGAUGAUGAGAUUGUGGAGAUCAAGAAGGCGGAUUGUGAUCAUGAUCGUUCUCAUCCAAUUCCGCCUUCCGAUCCGUCGAAAAUGGUUCGGAGUAGUUCUGAACGAUAUCGUGUGUUUUUGAAGACUCAGCUUGAUAUGGCUUGCGCUGCUGUGGCUCUGUCGCGGGCUGCUUCUUUGGAGCCCAAAGGUCCAGUUCAGCCAGCCGAUCACCGGGGGCAAACAUCGAAUGCAUUCCAAUUUGGCAUGCAAGCUCCGGGCCAAGGUUCUGAUCGUGGCACUUCAACAAAAGAAAGUGAGGUUUCUGGUAGUCCCCUUGGAAUUCCAUCCUUACCUGCAAUGCCUAAGAAACCAGGGGUACAACCUGCUCAAACAACAAGUGGAUCAUCCAGAGAUGAGUCUGACGAUGAUGAUCUUGAAGGAGACAUUGAAAACAUUGAGAAUAUGGAUCCUGCUGAUGCAAGACGCGCUAGGAGGAUGUUGUCAAAUAGAGAAUCAGCAAGACGCUCCAGACGACGAAAACAAGCACACUUGAAUGAACUUGAGACACAGGUUGGUCAACUUAGGGUUGAACACUCUACUUUGUUAAAGCGUCUCUCAGAUGUAAAUCAAAAGUACGACGAUGCUGCUGUUGACAACAGAAUUUUGAAAGCUGAUAUCGAGACUCUAAGAGCUAAGUCAUCAGGGAAGCCUUUCUCGAUUGUUCUUCAGUUGAGGAAUGGCAGUAAGGAGAAAUCUUAUGCUCCCUUCUUUUAUAAGGCUACAUAUGUAAUCUCAAAUGGUGAAAAUGGCUGAAGAAACAGUGAAAAGAGUAACAGGAGUGAAUCCACUGCUUGUUGCAAUGUCGCAGACCCAAAUGCCAUUUGUCAAUAGUAACCAAAUGCCUAUGCAAACCAACACUCAAUUCUUCCAUCAAAACAUGUCUGCAUUUGCAAACAGUCCCCCAAAUCACCAGAAUUUGGAAGUUCCUGUGCCACCUAAUCCUCCUACCAUUCAACAUGUUGGAAGAUCACACAAUGACGUGGCAACCGAAAUGACUGAUUUGCCCUCUGUCCAUAUAGAUCACGUGCAGAAACAACCCAUGCAUGCCCCAAUGUCAGGUUGGGAUGCAGAACCUUCACAUGCAACCCCGAACCACAAGAAGAAUUGAACUUGUUCUUUUUGUACCAAUUUUUCUUCUCUUUUAUUAUUAUCAAGGGACUAAUAAGAAAUGAAAAGUACUCUUCUUACCUAUCAUUUUCAUUUCAUCCUCCACUACUUUGUAAUAAGACUUGGAUCUUUACUUGGUUAAAGUAGGUAUUUUUUUUAUAUAAGAGAAAAUCAGUUGGGUAGUUCCAUACUGAGCUUUA